UUGAAGCUCAAAGAUGUACGAUCAUGUGUGCAUCUUCCACCGAUCAGACAGAUGCCCAAUAUGAAAUUUCUGAAAAUCGAUGGAGCACAUGCAGUUACUAAGGUUGGAUCUGAAUUUGUUGGCUACAAGAAGGGUGAACCCAUAUGCAAUGAAUUAGUUGCUUUCCUUAAACUUGAGUGGUUGUUUAUCAGCAAUAUGCCUAAAUGGGAGGAGUGGUCAUUUUUUGAAGAAGAAAUAGAAGUUACUUCUGAUGAAAGGCGAGAGGAUGGAGCUGUUGAGUCACAAAAAGAGAAUGCCCAAUCUGUAAGGUUACGACUGCUGCCUCGUUUGGAGCAGUUGGGACUCGACAAUUGCCCCAAGCUGAGGGCUCUCCCGCAACAACUCGGAGAGCACACCACCAGCUUGAAGAAGCUAUAUUUAGAUGAAACAAACAGCUUGAAGGCUGUGGAGAACCUACCACACCUCACUGAGCUCCUCCAUAUUACAAAAUGUGGAAAACUGGAGAGGAUAUGCAACCUCCCUCAACUGACAGAACUGCGUGUACAUGGUUGUCCAAACUUAAUCCAUGUAGAGGGGUUGGAAAGUUUGCAACGGCUGUGGCUGGGCGAGGAUAUGCAAGUGGUCUCUUCCCGUUGGCUGGCUGUGCUCCAAAAGCAGCACCGGCGACUUCAUGGUGAAGAUUUGGAUGUCUACACGUGGUCCACCAGUUAGAUGUCACAAGAGUUGAUAUUAUCAGUGAAUGGUGAAAGGCGACAACUAUGGGGGCGCUUGAGUACUUCUUGAAGGAGCAUCAAGUGUAUGGAAGGGCAAAGCUCUGUUCUCUGCAACGGGGCUGAACUGAAGAAGAACAAGGAAACUGCAGAAACUAGUACUGCACCAUCUACCAUAGCAAGUAUUAUUUCGAUGCAAUGCUCUUCGGUAGAGUACUAGUACUACCUUUUCUUUUCUGAACUUGAUUGGUGUGUGAUGGAGAUCGAUUCUACUCUCUGGACGUCCUAUUUGUGUCUUAAUUAGUUACAUGGAUGCACUUCAGCAUUAUUAUUAUUAUUAUAUUGAGAACUUAA